AUAACGCGGCUGUUUUUGGGCAGGGCGCUAAUGGACUUCAUUUCCCAUGAUGCCGCUCGGUUGUGACGAAUAGACCAUGGGAGGGGCUUUUGCAUUUUUUUUUUUUACUCUCCAUAUUUUUUAUUUACCAUAUUUAUUUAUUUAUUUGAUUUUCGGGAGCAGGAACAGAAUGUGAUGGCGUCAGGAUCAUUUCCGCAGAUCGUUCGGGAAUUAUAAGAGCCUGGAAUAUCGGCCAUCGGGAUCACAGAGGAGGAUAUUCAUGGACACAUCAGUGAUCUGAAGAGCUCGUGUGAUUUUAGUGUUUGGAGAGAGAAGAGCAGAAAUCUGUCGCUCAUAAUAACUGAUCAUGAUGGUGUCGGUGAUUGGUGUUUAAAGCAGUCACUCAUGUGAACCUGUGAAAGAGACUGAGAACAAACAGCAGAGAGUCGAGCGGAGGAACAAGGAAGCGAUCUCUCUCUCUCUCUCUCUCUCUCUCUCUCUCUCUCUCAUUGUGUCUGUCCAUCUAUCGCAAGAAAACAUCAAUCUGAUGCUCGAUCUGGGAGAAUGCGACUCCACGCGAGCAGUUGAAUGCAGAGGGGAUGUCUGGCAGUAAGGCGCUGGGAGGCGCGCGGCGGCGGCGGACACGGUGCCGGCGCUGUCAGGCGUGUAUGCGGACCGAGUGCGGCGAGUGCCACUUCUGCAAGGACAUGAAGAAGUUUGGUGGACCAGGACGCAUGAAGCAGUCGUGUCUGCUCAGGCAAUGCACUGCGCCGGUGUUGCCCCACACAGCCGUGUGUUUCGCGUGUGGUGAAGCGGGAAAGGAAGACACGGUGGAGUCGGAGGAGGAGAAGUUCAGCCUCUCUCUCAUGGAGUGCACCAUCUGCAACGAGAUCAUCCACCCCAGCUGCCUCAAGAUGGGAAAAUCUGAAGGCAUCAUUAAUGAUGAGAUCCCAAAUUGUUGGGAAUGUCCAAAGUGCCACAAGGAAGGAAAAACCAGUAAGGAUCAAGGAGAUGGGUUAGGAAAGAGACGCAUGGACAACGGGGAAGUGAGUCGCUGGAAGCUAACAGAUGAUCCGCCGCCGAGUAAGAAGAAGUCCCUGUCUCUAGAAGACACGGCACGUCAAGACGGACCAAAGCGCAAGAAGGAGAAGGACGUGCCGCAGGAGGGCGGUUCAAAAAAGAAGAUCAAAGGUGCCCGUGAGAAACAUCUGAAAAAGAAAGCAAAACCCAACUCCUCAGACUCUUCUGAAGCGAACGGGCCGAACUCGUCCACGGCUGGCGGACACGGCUCCAGCGGCGGCGGCGGCUCCGCUGCGGCACCGCCCUCGUCUCUGACGGCCAGCCAGGAUCAGCGCUCUCAUCACCGCGAGAAACUGGAGCGCUUCAAGCGCAUGUGUCUUCUGGAGCGAGUGCGGGACUCCAGUUCCUCGUCUUCAUCCAGCUCCGAAACGGACUCCGAGUCAGAUUCUGAUUCCCCGUCUCCGAUCGGCGCCUCAGAACCGUCCUCUCCAGCCGCCGUGUACGGCAACAGCAGCAUGCGCGAGCGAGACCGGAACCGGCGUCUGGCCGAACUCGGCUUCAGCGCCAGCGAGGAUUCUGAGGGAGAAAGCGUGGUGGCGGAUCACGAGCAGGACGGUGUGGACGAGCCGCAGCCGCAGCGGCGCAGAGGAGACGGCAAUUCCAGGGUACGAAAGGCAGUUAUGGACACCGAAGCGGAUGACGAUGAAGACGGGUCAGCGGAUCGGGGUCACAAAGCCACUGCGGUGGCCCCGCCGUCACCGCUGUCAGCUACGCAACCGCCAACCUUCGGACACGACAUUUACCAGGAAGGCCUCUCCUCGUCCAAGCGCACGAACGGACAGGACGCGCGCAACGGCCGCACGCGGGUGGGCGGCAGAGAGGCGCAGGAGAAGGAGAACUCCAACAGCAGUACUGUAGCCAAUCACCGGCACGGAAAGGCAGUUCGUGGUAGCAAAAUUCGUGGCGGAAGCCGGCAAGGCCAGAACGUUGCCUCAAAUAAGAGCGCAGGUACGGCAGCGGUCAGUUCUGCUACUGCGAACGGCAACACUGCCACAUCUAACCUGUCCAACCCCGCCGGCGUCUCGCUGGCGUCGCAUCGCUCCCAGCAGUCCCGCCCGGUGCCGGCGCGCUCGCAGCUGGUGAAGAGGAGCGCCGUGGCCGUGCCCUCGCCGCCCCGGCCUCUGCAGAUGGAGCGGCACCUGGUGCGCCCGCCGCCGGCCUGCCCCGAGCCUCACUGCCUGCCGCUGGACAGCGGCGUGUCACACGUGCUGCCCAGGGAGGUCUGGCUCCGCGUCUUCCAUCAUCUCAACCAGCGGCAGCUCUGCGUCUGCAUGCGUGUGUGUCGCACCUGGAGCCGGUGGUGCUGUGAUAAGAGGUUAUGGACUCAGAUCGAUUUGAGCCGGCAGCGCUCCAUCACUCCUCCGAUGCUGAGCAGUAUAAUCCGCCGGCAGCCCGUGUCUCUCAACCUGGGCUACACCAACAUCUCCAAGAAACAGCUCAUGUGGCUGAUCAACCGAUUGCAAGGUCUGCUGGAGCUGAACGUCGCCGGCUGCCCGUGGUCCUCCGUCUCGGCGCUCUGUCAGUCCGUGUGUCCCUGUCUGCGGCUCCUGGAUCUCAGUCGCGUCGAGGAUCUGAAAGACUCUCAUCUGAAAGAGCUGCUGGCUCCGCCGUCCAAUGACACGCGCUCAGCUCACGGAGAGAACCGAGGCGGACGUUUCCAGAACGUGACAGAGCUCCGAUUGGCUGGCCUGGAAGUGACUGACGCCGUGUCACGCCUGUUAGUGCGCUACCUUCCUCACCUGACCAAGCUGGACCUCAGUCAGUGCUGCCAUAUCACAGACCAGACCAUCCACACGCUGACCUCGCCCAUAUCGCCGCUCCGCGAGAGCCUCACGCACGUCAACCUGGCAGGCUGCGUGAAGGUGACGGAUCAGUGUCUGCCGCUGCUGCGCCGCUGUGCCUCGCUGCAGACGGUGGAUCUGCGCUCCUGCGGCCUGAUCAACCCCGACGCCUGCCAGCUGCACUGCUUCCCCUGCGCAGACGACAGACUGCUGCUCAAGAACAGCUGAACUCACACUACAGCUACAGACUCGCAACGUCACACACUUGCUCGCUCUUUCUUUUGUGUUUUAUUUCCGGAUCCGCCGUUUGUGAAUGGAGAAAUCGCGUAGAUGUUCCGUACUUUGGUGAGCGUGUGUGCGGUCGUGCGGUUCGCCGUCUCCAUCUCCUGCUGGCUUCAUCCAUGAAUGUAUGGCUUCAGACACGUGUGGGUGAACCUCAGGAGAAACCAGCAGGUUUACCCCAAAAUCAAAAGAAUGUUUAUUUGCUUUUUGCAUAAACAAAAUAAAGCCUAUUUUGGGACCGUGAAGAUUUUUUUUGCGCCGACAGUAUUUCAUUACAAGUUGUCUUAUAAUCACACAAAUGACUUUACUGCAUCCAGUAUUUGACUUUUACAUGAACGGUUCCUGGCAUUAGUUUCAGACGCUGUGAUCUGAGAAUCUGGAGGAAAAGUGAAAUCUUCACGGUCCUGAAACUGGGCUUGAUUUUGGGGUGACGUGAUAUUUGACGUGUUUCUUGAGGUUCACUGAAAUUGUGAUGAUCAGUUUCAGGAGGUGUGUGUGUGUGUGUGUGUGUGUGUGAGAUCAGUGAACAGUGUUAAUGUCUUCAGCGGUGGAUCAGUGACGUUCUCUUCUCUUCAUUGUAUUCGUGCCACACGUACAGAGCCGCUGCCCUUCCACUCUUUAUUUCUCUCUUCCUUUCGUUAUGACUGAUCAGUGUUCUUACCGAAGCACUGAAGGACACGGAUCCCACGACCAACGGCAGGCUUCUGUAAGCCUUAAAGACUUCCCUAUAGGCUUCAGUCGCUGCUCUGAGCUGCUGUACGCACCCGUGUUUCACGCUGUAUCUUAUAUAAUGUCGCACACUUCCACACAGGCCGAAUGUUGCUGUAGAUUCCUGCUAAUCUGGAAAGGUUUUCACAGAACGAGGUUCGGCAAACGCCGACGGACCGCCUUUAGUUCGUCCACGUCACGUAUGGAUCGGUUCGGUUCGCUGUCAUUCGGUCGGGUUCUGCUCCAGAAUGAUCCGAACUAAAUUUUGCCUCCCGUUAUCAUUGGAGAAAAGUCUCUCUGUUAGUUUGUGGCCAAUUAACGACAUGGAAUAUAACCUGCAAAAUGCAUUAGAGAAUGAAACGUUUGGUGUUUCCAGCCUCAUUCGGUGUUAUCGAAGCCACUCGCUCGCAGAAGACUAACCCAGAAAACCACGAGAAGGUCAUUUAGCUGCACACAUCAUCCCUGCCCGGCUCUCUGAACGCGCGGUGAGCUGGUUUCAGCAGUCGGGGUCUCGCCGGGCUCCUCGUGUGGACUAAACGACUCUGGUGAUGUUUCCAUCUGAACUGCUGGACACGCGGGGCUCUUCCCGGCGCUCCUCGGAAACGACGUUCCUUCUAUCUAUCGUGAGCUCUGCAACUACUUCCUUCCAGAAUACGAUGCAUGUCGACACCUUUCACGGACUGUAUUCCUUGCACACUUCUAUUCAGUAUUGGGUCCAAUACAUGGCAGUUUAAUGUGUUUGAUGGCAGUAGACAAACAGCAUCCCUUAAAAGUGACCUCGACAAUGUAGUUGCAAUGUUUUUUGUUGUUGUUGUUUUUAGAUUUCAUGUUCAGUGCAGUUCGCGUUUAAAGGCGUUCCUGCACAUUCGGAGAUACCUGUGUGCGGUUUAUAGUGACAUAUCAAACACUGAGUUCUUUAGCAUCAGGUUGUAGUUUUUCUGAAAUGGGAAUGAAGAAUUCAAGUCGAAUGACUCGGAUAGGUUUGGAAUACGGUUCCUCUUUCAUCCGAACGUGUUUUUUGCCCUCUAAACUCAAUUGCCAUGUAUGAACCAAACAUUCGCCCUGUUAAAGGCACGGGGCCUGAAUCAUAUUCUUGUAAUAUCUUGCCAAAAUUUCCUGUUUUAGGCGUUCAUAUAUAUAUAUAUAUAUAUAUAUAUAUAUAUAUAUAUAAAUAUAUAUAUGUAUAUUCUUCCUUUGCAUUGAUCCAAGUGAUAGAAUAUGUGAAACAAUGAGGAAAAAGAAAAACAAGGCAGCUACUAUAAAAGUGACUACUGUAAAAUGUCUAACUAAAUAAAGACAAUGGGGUUGUUUUUA